GUUUGGGAAAGGAUUUGGUCUGGUGGCUCCCUACCUUGGGGAAGAUCAUGUGCUCAACCAGCCCAAUGCUGUCUAUGGCACCUUACUCUACGCUGCUCUCCUUGUUCUUAGUCAAGUGAAGCGCAACUGGGCAGCCAAACUGCAGCUUGGCCUUGUCAUAUUGGCAAAUUGUGCAACACCCUACCUUGCAUAUCUCUUGUACAAGGUGAUAAAGGCUGUGUGUGUUUUGUGUGUCGCUAUCUACAUCGUGAACGCCCUGCUGCUGGGCGUGGCGCUGUGGCGGGUCUCCGCUCUUGGGCCAGUCGGGAAGAGACGGAGAAAUGGAUACCGGAAAAAAUCUAGCAAGAAGGAUCAAUAGGAAUAAUUACUAUAGGGCAAAAUUGAAGUUAGCUCUUAGCCAUUCAUGGUGACACAUGUAGCUUAGAAAAUAAGGUUCAUCCACACUCUGUCUUUUAAUUUUCAAUGCCACAUAUUUUUUUGUCAAAAAAUAAUGUGAAAGGUUUAUUUAUAGUUCUUAUAUGCAUAAGUCUCUAGUUAAUAUUAUGUAAGAUAUGCUGAAUUAAGUUAUUUUCAUCAAGCUAAAAUGAGAUUUUACUUUUCAAUUUAUUGGUCAAAAGCCGUGCAUAUAGUCAUUCCAACAGUGGCCUGACAAUGAUUAUUGAUGAUAAGUUAGGUAUCUGGUAUCAUCAACAUCUAGAUCUUGUCCUCAAAUAUAUUGAUCUUGAGUCCUAAUGAUUACCAGACCGUGCAAGGCAAACAAGUGAUGGGUGGCCAAGUUGACCUCAAAGAAUAAAAUCAUAAAUGGAUCAUCAUAAGAUGCUGAUGUUGUAAAUGGUUCAUAAUAACAUACUGAUAUUCUAAAUGGUUCACAAUAACAUACUGAUAUUCUAAAUGGUUCAUAAUAACAUACGGUACUGAUAUUCUAAAUGGUUCAUCAUAACAUGCUGAAAUUGUAAAUGGUUCAGCAUAAGAGGCUGAUGUUGUAAUUUAGUUGAUUGUUUACAUCAGCUAAGGAUCGUGAUCAUUGUGGGGAUUCACUUCAUAUCCAUUAGCCACAUAAGUCAAUUACUGGUAAGCCUUAUUAUGUAUAGUCAUAACUUUCCAGUAAUUUAAUAUGGAGAAAAUUUUAUGUAAUCAGUUGCAUAUUUAACAUUAGGCCUUAAGCCAGCGGUCAUUUCAAUCAUUUUAACAUCCAUGGAUGGUUUGACUCUUUCAGAAUCACAGUGCUAUUUCAGUUGCAUAUAAUAUGAGCGUGUACGUUGUUUGCUUGUGAUGGCGGAUAGUUGAAGUUUUCAUUGCUUUUUUAUGGUCGUUAGUUUGUUUAAUGGCUCAACGGACCAAAGUUAAUUGUUUUAAUUAGCAUUAAUAUCUUUCAAAUAUCAUUUUUACAUAUAAAUGAGCUGUCAGAAACUUAUUAGUGAUGUAUGAAGGACGAGAUUUUUAUCCACAACGUUGCAACUUUAAAGCUCCUACCACAAAUGGUACAAAACUUUCAACCCUUAAAUCUAUACAUUUUAUCUUCCUUUGUAAUCUAUUUGAUAUUACAUCGGUUGUGCUAUUUCUCGUAUAUUGUUUAGUAACUCGUGGUGCCUCUGGCGUGCCUAGUGCGUAUCUCGUCACAUAAACUCCUGAUGUCUAUUCUGUCACCUGGUAUUUUUAUGUUCGAAAAUAAUGCGUACUCUUGACAUAUGUUGUUUAGAAUAUGACAACUUUUUCGUGCUUUACUCCAACGUUAUUCAUCUUCUUACUGCACAGAUAAUUGGAAAAUGUAUCUCACUAUACACUUUUUAUAAUACUAGUUAUUCCUGCCCGAAUAUCAACAAACUUGAUUCCGUUUGGACAACCUACCUUAUUUCUUGUAAUCAAUACUUCAAUAUUAAUCUUAUUUUUGAUUAUAAAUAAUUCUUGAGGACGAGUCAUUCAUGCCAACAUUUCCACGCGUGUUUGAAGACGUCAAGUAGAUAUUAAUAUUA